CAACUUCUAUAGUCCAUUGCGGUGUUAUUCUGCUAGGUCCCUUGAACGGUCGAUUGGUACAUACAAAAAACGUAUCCGGUCUUCUCUUCAUCCUGGUAUUAAUGCUGGCAACAUUAUGGAAACCAAGGAAAUAUUUAAAUUCUUCAAUGUAUCCGGUAUUUUUGACUUCUCUGCGUUAACGGCAUCCCCUGACAGCAACGAGAAGAACUUCGAGCAGCAUCCUCAAGAUGCCACCUAUCCUCAACUCUGGUCCCCUUUUGAUGAUUCUUUUACUAAGGUUGGUGUGCUCUUGCAGGGUUCUUCGGAUGUCCUCAUUUGUGGUCUGUAUCGCACAAUCCCUUGGUGUCGUGCGUUGAUGGGUUGUAUGACAAGGCUGACUGGCAUGAGGCAACGAGUUGUAUUGCCGUUUCAUCAACAACAACACCUUCGGAUUUCGACAAGGUUAUUCCAUGAAAAUCAAGUCUACAUUUCGGAGUUGUACAAGAAGAAGAAUAGGUCAUGCUCUCGUGGUGGUGAAUUCGUCAUGUUCGAAGCGAUACAUAAGAACAAUCUAUUCGUGCCAGUUAAAAACUGGUUCGUUUGUAAGAUUCUGUUCUUUUUCCGUUUCCAAUUCUCCGCCAAUGAACCAGGGUCCCAUUAUGUGUAUGGUGAAUUGGCAAAAACACAUGGCGUGUCUCCUAUCUCAAAGUCUAUCCCACGGAUUCAGCUCUUUGGUGAUAGCGAGCAAAAAUUCGUUGUAUUUGACGCCAGGGAUAUUGUAUCUUCUGUUGGAUUGCUGAAUUCCUCAGACAAUUCAGCAUACAAGUAUGUCAUCAAAACUGGUGAUGCGUUUGCGAAAGACAUGUCAAGUUCUGCCGGAAAGAUUGGGACUCUGGAGUAAAGAGCUAUUUUUUUUUCUUUUUUUUUUUGAAUGUAGUAAAGGCUUUUCAACAUCCGAAAAAAAAAUUAUCGCUUCACUGUGUCACACAAAAUAACAGUAUUUUCUUCAAACAUCAUCUUUGCCAUCACCAAGGAACAUAUUUAUCAUUUUUUUUUCAUAACACAAGUUC